CAUAUCAGCUCAAGACCACUCACUUAAGUGAGGCUGUAUGUUGUUCACGUGGACGCAAAAGGCCAACAUUGGGCCGCUUACGAUCCCGCAAUCGGCGCUGCCAUACCGCAACCCAAUUCGGGCCCGAUCUUGCCCGCCAGUGACACCUCGUACUUAUAGACGAUGUUUGGGCGUACCUCAUGUUCAACGGUACGCACAUCCGUUCUACGAAGUGGGCGACCCGGCCUUGUCGCAAGCGGUCUCAAACAUGGAAAUUCCAUAGACGCAGGCCUCCGGAUUCCCUACCUGCGCUGCAUGUUCGCGUGGCAUGAACUAGCCAAUCAACCUGCCUCGACCCCGCCCCUUUCGGUUCGGCUCGUCCCUUUCUCAUUGCCAGGAUCGAGGUCUCUGGUCCAGUAUGCCACGUCCGAAGAAGCCAGGGGCGCCGGAGCCGAAACGUCGAAGCCGAAAUGGCUGUUGGCCGUGCAAAGCCCGGAAAGUGAAAUGUGUUGCCAACGCACUGGGGAGCCUUGCGAUUAUAGUGUACGACUAAAUUGGGAGGGCCGUCGAACGAAGAGAUCUCUUUCUCUGGGAACACUGACCGGGGCCGCCCAGCCAUCUAAAGAUUCCCUCCACGCUGAACAACCGCCGUUCAAUCAUACGUUUACCAGUAGCAACCCGACUCAGGUUUCAGAUCCGAAGCCUUUAACGAAACCCAUCCUCACUGAUCCCGUCAGCGUUGAGACAGCGAAGAGAAAGCUUGAACAGCUAGAAACUCAUGAUGACUACUUGAGUCAAUCUCAGAAUACGUCCUCCCGAUCGAUCCAGCACCAGAAUGGCGCUCCAUUUGCUCCGCCGCGCAGUGCACCAAACAAUGCACGAGGCCACUCCUCGACAUCAAGUCACCGUCGAAUUGUUCCUGCGACUGCAAACGCUUCACAGAGAUUAUACAAGAGGUCUAAAUCUCUCGCUGAGACAUGUAAACCGGAUCUAUUGAGCCAGCUCGACCCUGUGUCUUCGCCAAUUUGUCUAAUCGGGAAAAGCCCUCCCACGUCUUUCCUCCGCUCGGGUGCCAUUUCAACGCCGAUCGGUUCUCCCUUAACGCCCGUCUCGUUAGUGAUCAAGUCUGACGAUGAGACGAGAUCGUCCAUCUUGAGCCUGCCUUCGCCGGCGUCUCCAGAAGAUAGUCGACUGUCUGUGAACUAUCUGCUCUCGAGUUCUCCCCGCCUUGUGUAUGGUGUAAAUAAGGGAAUGGCCCAACCAUAUGGUCCGCCUUGGUUCAACUCUGGAUUCAAACAGGAGGUAUCAGAAGAGGCUACAUUUUACGGCUUCGAUCUUGGCAUUCCAGACGCUGAUAUUGCCCAGAAUGAUGACGCAGGAUCCAUAUUUCCAACAGUAUCUUCUACUAGAUAUUCUGGGCGCUUCCUCCAAGCUAUGUGCGGUGGAUCCAAUUCCCAACAAUCCGAGACCAUUAAUGGCACGAUGCCAGGGGUCUGGUACUAUGGCCAGCCUAUUCCGAUAUGGAUACCUCGAAACAUCGAGCCCAUUCCUGCCAAGCUUCGAGAAAAUCCAAUGAAUGUCCUUGUAAGUCAGACCUUGUAUCUCCAAGUAGAUGUUUACAGGACACUGAUGACUUUGACAAACAGUACUUCGUACGUAGUCCCGUCGUCUUAUCACCUACAGUCAUGGAAUAACGUCCAAACGACAGCAUCACUUUUUGAAUCAUACGGCCAGGGGUAAGAGUUUUCAUAGUUCCCAUCAUCAAGCCUACUGACUCAGAAAUAGUUCUCGUACCGUACGACGACCCCAAGUCCAACCCUUUUCGCACGAUUUUGCCGCAAAUGGCCGUCGGUAACGACCAC